AACACUCGGUAAAGAUUCGUGACGAAGCUUGUGUUUACCAUGGAUAUAAUUAUGUGUAUAAAAUGAUACGGAAAAGUGAAUUUGUUUAAUUCCCAGGAGAUUAUUCUACAGAAGAUUCGCUUUCUAUCCAUAUACGAUUGAUUAUAGAAUCAUGAAUACACCAGAGGUAUCAAAAAAGGUUCUCAUUGAUCCAUCAAUUCCAAUUGAGGAAUUGCUUGGAUCUGUGACAACCUACAACAGUGUGGGGUCUGAAAUGAAGAGUUUGCAAUUGAGGACAAGUGCUAGGGUGUUUAAGAAAAUGAAAUUGGAUUCAGAAUUAGCAGCUCUAGGACCAACUGAUAAAAAAGAAGAGAAAAAAGAGGAUACUAAGAAAGAGGAGAUGAAACCUGAAAUGAAAAAACCUCCACUGAGAGGUCCACUCUGGUCACAUGAAGAUAAAACCUUAUUCUUCGAGGCUUUGAAUGAAUAUGGAAAAGACUUUGAUGCCAUUCACACUUCCAUUAGUAAUAAAUUGAAAAAGAGAGGUGUUCCAGAAUAUAUGAUCAAGACUAGGGAACAGGUUAGACAUUUGUAUUAUCGAAUAUGGCAUAAAGCAUCAAAGCAUUUGAAGUUCUCUUCAGAUGUAAAGAAGCUUGCUCAAGAACUGUAUUGUCUUAUAAACUUUGGUGAGCUAAGGAAAAAAUUGACAUUGAUAAGUGAAAAGACCUCAAUCAGAUUGAAUGAAUUAAUUUACAGAGGCUCUUUGAAUAUGAGAGUAAAAGGAAAAACAAUUCGGAUUAGAACACCCAUGUGCAAAGCAUUGAGGAGACUGAAUCAACUUGAUGAAAAUGGAGGUGAUGAAUUAAUAAAACUGCCAAAUAGAAUAUGCAUAGAGUUAAAGCCCAAAGAUAUGCACACAUGGAUGAAAGUUCAAGAAAUGUCACAGAAUCCAAGAGUUAAAACAAUAAUGCCAUUGCAAAAACGACUGGGAACGAUUUUUACACAUUUGACUGAAAGAUGGAAAACACAAGAGGUUUAUGAGCACGAAAAAUUACUAGCUGAAGCUGAAUCAAUUCCACUAGAUGACCCAAGUGACAAAAUAUUAGAAAAUACAAAACCCAGAACUGAUCCUUUCCUUAGAUUUCAACCUCCUUCAGACGUUAAUAUUACAAUACCGACGAUUAGUGUAACGGAAUAUAUGACUACUGAAAAUAUCUGUCUGAAUGCCUAUGAAGAACGCAUUGGAGCAAAAACGUCUGGUGAGAAACUCUGGUUAGAUGCUUACCCCAGUUUUAAGAAUGCUUUGAGUCGAGGUUCUUUACGUAGGGGUGUAAAACGAUGUCGUACGAAUAGUGUAAAUGAAAAGCAGAUUCCCAAAUCAUCAUCAAGCAUUAUCGAUAACAACGAGAAUUGCUUGGUAGAAAACGAGCUACCUGGAGCUAAAGUGAAUGACUUAAUUGAUGAAGCAGUAAAUACUAUUUUGGCGUUACAAAAUCCUGCAGAAAAUAUGGAAAUUGUAGAAGAGAAAAAACCCGAUGAUAUUAAAAUGGAAGAAGACUGUUUAUUGCAAGUAAAAAAGGAACAUGAUAUUGCUAAGAUUAAAUUAGGUUGGACUAUGGAAGAUUGUGGGACUUUAACCGUCGGAGAUUUAUAUUUAAUGUUUGGAUCAGAUUCCAUGGUUUGUUUGGUGUACAGUUGGGAUGAACAGGAGGGGAUUCAAUUAAUAAAAGAGGAGGAGUCUAUUAAUGAGACUGUUGACAAUGAAACUGUGAUAGAAAGUGACAAUUCAGAUAACUGCAAUAAUUACGAAAGAUUAAAUCACAAGCCGGACGAAUUAUCGGUGACUUUGAAGAGACUAUUAUCGAUUGCGAAGUUGCAUUACCGAAAGAAUAUUGUCAAAUGUCCAUGCGGUCAUGUAUGUGGUGCUCCUAAUAAAGGAAACGGUACAAAAACUAAACCAACCGUACGGAAGAAUCCUGUUGUCAACACUGAAUCAUCAACUCAACGAAUUGAGCCUCCAAAAAUUGUACAAACCACAACAGUCAUUAAUCUACAGCCAAGUAAUGUAACUACUACAGCUAGUAUGGUUCCAAUUAUUAUACAGCCAAAGAAGUUUCCUCCAACUAUAUUCCGAAGGCCUAUUUCGCCAAAUGAUAAUUUAAGGGCGCAAAUAGAUUCUAUUCAGAAGUUAAGACCACGAUAUUGCAAUCGAAAAGGCCGACGUCCUCGUUCAAAGCAGGUCGUUGUCGAAAGGAAAUUACCUUUACUGGCGAAUAAAGCAGAUAGUGGUCGUCAGAUUGUACAAAUGAAUAUUAUUUCCCAGGACAUAACGAUGCCACGACAAAUAGCUCCGAAAAUUGUGCCGCAAAUUGAAAACAGCGUUCUAUUAAACGAAUGUAAUUCCACGUUCGUUGAGGCUACCCUAACACCAGUAGCUGUGACCAGCAAUCAAAUCACAGGGACUUAUGCCAUAUCAUCGUUAGAAGAAAAUAACAUUAAUUCCGAACAUAUUAUGGACAAUGCAACGACACCGAGUAGGGUAGGAUCGCCAACAAGUAUAUCUAACUUGUUAGAUCUAGCUUUGCAGUCUCACGUAUCCAAUGGUGGUGUCAAGGAAAACAUUACAAGUUUUGUUGGAAUUUUAUCUGAAAAUAAUAUAGCCACUUCAACUCCUCCGACUAGUCCUUCAAGAAUAUUGAAAGAAAAUGAGAAUCAAUGGUUAAAUUCUGAAGUUGCAGACUUUUCUUUCAGUAGUUUUUUGGGUCACUUGGAAUCUCCAAUGAAGGCAACCCAAUCAACAUCAACAAUAACCAACGAUGAUUCCCGCUUAGGACUCACCCAGGAUGUGGAUGCACAAUUACAAUCUCUACUUACUGAAAGUAGUUUGGAUUAUACUGCAAAAUUUGCAGAUUUGGCUGCACAAAUGACUGAUUCUAAGAAGUAAUGAACAACUGUCUUUCUUAUCAUUGAAAAAAAAAUGAAAAGUUAAAUAAUCUUAGCACAUAACUACUGAAAGUGAUCUUUAAAAGCAAUAGAUUUAAAAGAA